AUGGCACGUGUCAGGACGGGAUUAAUGAGUUCACUUGCGUCUGUCCACCCGGAUGGGGAGGAGAUCUAUGUGAUAGAGGUAUGUUUACCCACACGAUCCUGUGUCCGGACAGGUUGGAACAACACUUGGAACAACCCCUGGCACAACACCUGGAACAACUCCGGGAACCACACCAGGUACUACACCAGGCACAACACCAGGAACAACACUGGGAACAACCCCCGGAACGACGCCUGGAACAACGCCAGGAACAACACCCGGAACAACCCCUGGAACAACUGCUGUAACAACGCCAGGAACAACAUCUGGAACAAACCCUGGAACAACUCCUGUAACAACGCCAGCUACAACAUCUGGAACAACCCCUGGAACAACUCCUGUAACAACGCCAGCUACAACAUCUGGAACAACCCCUGUAGCAACGCCAGCUACAACAUCUGGAACAACGCCACCUACAACAUCUGGAACAACCCCUGGAACGACGCCUGUAACAACGCCAGCUACAACAUCUGGAACAACCCCUGGAACGACGCCUGUAACAACGCCAGCUACAACAUCUGGAACAACCCCUGGAACGACUCCUGUAACAACGCCAGCUACAACAUCUGGAAUGACCACUGGAACGACGCCUGUAACAACCCCAGCUACAACAUCCGGAACAACCCCUGGAACCACGCCUGUAACAACGCCAGGAACAACAUCUGGAACAAACCCUGGAACGACUCCUACCCUGGAACGACUCCUGUAACAACGCCAGCUACAACAUCUGGAACAACCCCUCUAGCAACGCCAGCUACAACAUCUGGAACAACGCCACCUACAACAUCUGGAACAACCCCUGGAACGACGCCUGUAACAACGCCAGCUACAACAUCUGGAACAACCCCUGGAACGACGCCUGUAACAACGCCAGCUACAACAUCUGGAACAACCCCUGGAACGACUCCUGUAACAACGCCAGCUACAACAUCUGGAAUGACCACUGGAACGACGCCUGUAACAACCCCAGCUACAACAUCCGGAACAACCCCUGGAACCACGCCUGUAACAACGCCAGGAACAACAUCUGGAACAAACCCUGGAACGACUCCUGUAACAACGCCAGCUACAACAUCAGGAACAACCCCUGGAACGACGCCUGUAACAACGCCUGCUACAACAUCUGGAACAACCUCUGGAACAACUCCUGUAACAACGCCAGCUACAACAUCUGAAACAACCCCUGGAACAACUUCUGUUACAACGUCAGCUACGACAUCUGGAACAACCCCUGGAACAACUCCUGUAACAACGCCAGCUUCAACAUCUGGAACAACCCCUGGAAAAACUCCUGUAGCAACGCCAGCUACAACAUCUGGAACAACCCCUGGAACAACCCCUGGAACAACUCCUGUAACAACGCCAGCUACAACAUCUGGAACAACCCCUGGAACGACGCAUGUAACAACGCGAGCUACAACAUCUGGAACAACCCCUGGAACAACUCCUGUAGCAACGCCAGAUACAACAUCUGGAACAACCCCUGGAACAACCCCUGGAACAACUCCUGUAGCAACGCCAGCUACAACAUCUGGAACAACCCCUGGAACAACCCCUGGAACAACUCCUGUAACAACGCCAGCUACAACAUCUGGAACAACCCCUGGAACGACGCCUGUAACAACGCCAGCUAAAACAUCUGGAACAACCCCUGGAACGACUCCUGUAACAACGCCAGCUACAACAUCUGGAACAACCACUGUAGCAACGCCAGCUACAACAUCUGGAACAACCCCUGGAACAACCCCUGGAACAACUCCUGUAACAACGCCAGCUACAACAUCUGGAACAACCCCUGGAACAACUCCUGUAGCAACGCCAGCUACAACAUCUGGAACAACCCCUGGAACAACCCCUGGAACAACUCCUGUAACAACGCCAGCUACAACAUCUGGAACAACCCCUGGAACGACUCCUGUAACAACGCCAGCUACAACAUCUGGAACAACCCCUGGAACAACUCCUGUAACAACGCCAGCUACAACAUCUGGAACAACCACUGGAACGACGCCAGUAACAACGCCAGCUAAAACAUCUGGAACAACCCCUGGAACAACUCCUGUAACAACGCCAGCUACAACAUCUGGAACAACCACUGUAGCAACGCCAGCUACAACAUCUGGAACAACCCCUGGAACAACCCCUGGAACGACUCCUGUAACAACGCCAGCUACAACAUCUGGAACAACCCCUGGAACAACUCCUGUAACAACGCCAGCUACAACAUCUGGAACAACCACUGGAACGACGCCAGUAACAACGCCAGCUACAACAUCUGGAACAACCCCUGGAACAACUCCUGUAACAACGCCAGAUACAACAACUGGAACAACCCCUGGAACUACACCAGGCACAACACCAGGUUAG